AUGUUCAAGCAUCGCAAUGAUGGAAAUUUCCUUGCAAAUGGUUUUCACACUUAUGAAGCUUUCAUUGCUGCUGCUAACUCCUUUGGAGCUUUCGGAACCACAGGCGAUAAUGAUACUCGAAAACUGGAAAUUGCCGCCUUCUUGGCUCAAACAUCUCAUGAAACUACAUGCGGAUGGGCUUCUGCACCUGAUAGUCCAUAUUCAUGGGGAUAUUGCUUCAAGCAAGAACAAGGCAAUCCACCGGAUUAUUGUGUUGCAAGCCCGCAGUGGCCAUGUGCUCCUGCAGGAAGAGCCAUAGAGUCUGAUUUGCUAAACAACCCACAUGCAGUUGCAAAUGACCCAACCAUUUCAUUCAAAACUGCAUUAUGGUUUUGGAUGACACCACAAGAGCCAAAGCCCUUGUGCCACGAUGCAAUCAGUGGGAGAUGGACACCCUCGACCGCAGACUUAAAAGUUGGACGAAGGCCUGGUUACGGUGUCGUUACCGACAUCAUCAAUGGCGGAAUUGAAUGUGGUCAAGGUUUAAACCCGCAAGUGGAAGAUAGGAUUGGCUUCUACAAGAGAUAUUGUGACUUACUUGGAGUUGGACUGUUACAACCAAAGGCCCCUUAUGGGUACAUUGGCUCAAAGAGGGCUCACAUGCCCUGGCUCACAUCGUUUCGACAACCAGCAAGGACUAGCUCAAUACAAGAUUGCGAUAGUAAUUUGGCACUUGAGCCCAACUUGAACUCACCAAACCUAGGUUCAUCUUUGAUUGUUGACUUGUACAAGGAUGAUAGUGAAUAUACGAUUAAUGCAUAA